UAUGGUACAUUUGACGCAUCGUGGGACGCUUUUCGCGCUGUGAAAUUUAUUUUCUCAAUUCCUUGUUUUAAAUUUUGUAAGGCUCAAGUCACCGGAUAAGAUUUUAUAAAAGUACAAUCUAGUCUAAAUUUCAUUUUUUUAAAAAGUGUAAUUUCAGACAAUGUCGGGUAUUGCAAGUGCUCGUCUAGCUGAGGAAAGAAAAGCUUGGCGCAAGGACCAUCCCUUUGGAUUUGUUGCUAGACCUAUGAAAAAUCCUGAUGGUUCAUUAAACUUAAUGACCUGGGAAUGCGCCAUUCCCGGAAAGAAAGGGACGCCAUGGGAAGGAGGACUAUACAAGUUGCGUAUGAUUUUUAAGGAUGAUUAUCCUUCAAGUCCACCUAAAUGUAAAUUUGAGCCUCCUCUAUUUCACCCUAACGUGUACCCUUCGGGAACUGUUUGCUUAUCUUUGCUUGAUGAAGAAAAAGACUGGCGUCCAGCAAUCACAAUUAAACAGAUCUUACUAGGUAUACAAGAUCUUCUCAAUGAACCUAAUGUCAAGGAUCCAGCCCAAGCUGAAGCAUACACAAUUUACUGUCAAAAUCGGCUAGAGUAUGAUAAGAGGGUUCGAGCUCAAGCAAGGGCCAUGGCUGCUACAGAAUAAACUUAAAUAAAAAACUGUUACAUGGUAA